AUGGAAUCUUUGGAUGACCUCGUGACACACAGAGAGGUUCUGAUGAUGCGAGUAAUGAACGCCAUCACCGACAAGUCCAAGUGGGAUGAAAAGGUGUUUGACAAGCACAUCACUUCCAAAUGGCGCGAGGAGAUCGCCAAGAGCGGACAAGAUGUGACAUCAAAGAUGAUGGACUGGAUCAUCCAAGAGCUGCAGUGGAAAGCUGAAAUCUUCCGAAAGACAGGUCGUGUCACCGUUUUCGAUGUAGGAGUCGUCAAAUCCGACAACGCCAUUCCCAGUCAACUACAGCAGGACUUGAGACAAGCAGCAGCUCUUUUUGAAAAUGUACCCGAGUCCCAAAAGGACCACCAUCCCGGAUCCGAUAAGAAAGUUGUGAACCUAGUUCAUCCUUCAUUGUUUCCAGUCGUCUUUGGUCGGACUCGAGUUCUCCCUGACCAAAUCAUCGGCGUCGAUGACUGUCUAAGUAGUAUGGGACAGGGUACUUUGGUCCCAACUCCCUCGGAAGAAGAGAGCCGUGCCAAUCGUGAGCCUGAAUUCGCGCGUUAUAGCUAUGGUCGGCCAGAAUUCAGUCGAAAAUUCCAGUGGCUCCCAUUUGAUGUGGAUAUCAACAAAGAUUCCAGAUGCGAAAUAUCAUCUUACAUCAACAAUGUACACCCGAUUGAGCAUCGGGGUCUGUACGAUGUGGUCGAAAAGGUCAUCGAGAGAACGAUCCCGCUUUGGGAUCAGUCCUUGACCAAAAUGGCAUGGGGUAAACAAAGAAUUCCGUAUACAAAGGUUGAGUACGGUGAUCCCAUAGGGCCGGAGCCUAAAUGCCCUCAAGCGACCGACGAUGACUUUGAUGAAAGUGAGUACCUGGAGCGGCACGAGGAGUGGGAGUAUUCCCACAUACUACUCCCCGAGCCAGGCAACUUCGAGGUUUUCGAGGCUCAUGAUGAGGAUAAAGUCAAACUGAGGCAGCAAUUCGGCAAAAGUGGACUACAAGUGAUUGUCAAAUUGGCAAAUAUCGAAUUGACCCCCGAAAAGCCUGACUAUGAAGGAGGGACCUGGCACAUAGAGGGUCAACUGAAUGAGCGGAUAUGUGCAACGGCAAUCUACUACUACGACAAUCAAAACAUCACUGAGAGCUCGUUGUCAUUCCGGCAAAGAGGUAGCCAGAUGGACGACAUUCAAUACGAACAAGAUCGGCACGAGUUUCUCCAAGAUGUUUAUGGCUUGGGUAUGAGGGAAUAUUACAACGAAAUUAAAGUUGCGCAAGAGCUUGGAGGCGUGGUUUGUCAAGAGGGUCGACUCCUGACAUUCCCCAAUUCUGUUCAGCACAAAGUGUCCCCAUUUUCCUUGGCCGACAGAUCAAAAAGCGGACAUCGGAAGAUCCUCGCGCUGUUUCUCAUCGACCCUCAUAGACGUGUGAUCUCAUCUGCCAAUGUUCCUCCACAGCAAGAGGACUGGGUGCCAGAAACCUCGAAGAUUGUGAAUAGCGUGCGUUCGCAUGCUUCAGCAAACUCGCCGGAUACACCUGGUCAAGGUGUUCCCGGCCCGGUGAUGAGUAUGAAAGAGGCAGAAGCUUACAGACUUGAGCUUAUGGAAGAACGCAGCAUCGAGGCAGUGGAGAAUAACAAACGGUUUGAGCAUGGAGAUUUCAGUCUUUGUGAGCAUUAG